UUUUCGGCGACCGAAAUAUGUUUUUUUUUUAAAAAAACACAAAUAUUUUUCUUUCUUCUUCAUUAUCCAAUCUCUCUCCUUCUCCUCGGAUCUCUCCUGAAUUUACGUUUCGAAAACCCUAAACAUCCUUCGUGAUCAUCUUCAUUCAAAUUUUUUCAGAUUAAUUUCCUAUCCCAAUUUGAUUCAAAUUAUUUGUUUUUGUAAAAUUUUAAAAUUAUUUUAUUGCAAAAAUUACGAUAACUAGCUUGGUUUAGUAGAGUAUCAAAGCUUUAAUCCUUUCAUUUUUAAUUCUUUCCUUCUUUUUUUUUUUUUUGGAGUUGGAUUGUAGCUUCAAUCUUUUGAUAUUUGAUCAUCUGUUCCAGUGUAGAAGGUUUUUCUUUUUUGAAUUUGUACUUUCCCAAAGCAAGUUUGAUUGCGUUUGUGUGGUUUUUGUUUUUUAGAAUCAGCAGCACAAAACGACGGGAAGUAAAAUCAAAGCAGCUUUUGUUUCGAUUUAGAACUUUGUUGGUUCCAAAAAGUUUGUGCGUGUUUCUGACUUCGAUGGAGACACUCAUAACCUAGAAUUUACUGGAAUUGGGGCUUUUGUUCCAUUUUUUUUUGGGUUUUUUGAUUGACAAGAAAACCCCUAAGAGAAGCUUCUGAACCAGAGGUUAGAAGAAGAGAGAGGAAACAGCCUCGUGUUAUGCUUGGAGGAGAAAUUGGAGAACCAGUCUUCCUGUUUUGGAUUUUUGGUUUGGUGAUUUUUGUGGUAAUCGGGACUAUGAAGAAUAGUAGCGAUGGGCAGCAAAGAGCGCAAGGAGGAGGUGUUGUUUCAAGGUCUGCCCGCAGCUCUUUUCGAGCAAUUUCGAGUUAUCUGAGGAUUGUUUCCGCCGGGGCAUCAACGGUGGCAAGGUCUGCCGUGUCCGUGGCCUCUUCGAUCGUUGACAGAGAGGACGACUCUAGCCAUGACCAGAUUUCUUCAGUCUUAAGAGCUGGGAACGGAGAUGACUCAAUAUAUUCUAUAUCUAUGAUGUAAAGGUGCUCUGGGCUGGGUUUGAUAAAUUGGAGGUUGAGGGAGAUAUUACUCGGAGAGUUCUCCUUCUGGGAUACCGAUCAGGUUUCCAGGUCUGGGAUGUUGAGGAAGCUGAUAAUGUUCAUGACCUAGUUUCCAAACAUGAUGGCCCUGUUUCAUUUAUGCAAAUACUACCAAAACCAGGACCAUCAAAAAGGUCAGGAGACAAGUUUGCAGGCAGCCGUCCGCUUCUGGUAGUUUGCACUGAUGGUGCCCUUCCUGGAGGUACAACACGGGAUGGGUUAGGCAACACAAAUGGGAGCAUCCCAAACUACCAGGACCCGGGGGAUGGUGGUUUUGCUCCAACUGUCAUCCAUUUCUAUUCCUUGAGGUCUCAAUCUUAUGUACAUAUGCUGAAGUUCCGGUCAGUUAUUUAUUCAGUAAGGUGCAGUUCUCAAAUAGUGGCUAUAUCACAAGCAGCUCAGAUACACUGUUUUGAUGCUGCAACGUUAGAAACAGUAUAUACCAUACUCACAAACCCAAUAGUUAUGGGUUGUACUGGUCCUGGAGGUGUAGGCUAUGGGCCUCUUGCGGUUGGCCCGAGGUGGCUAGCUUAUAGCGGGAGUCCAGUUAUAGCAUCCAAUUCUGGACGUGUUAGCCCACAGCAUCUAACACCCUCUGCAAGUUUUCCUGGUUUUAGUUCAAAUGGGAACUUGGUUGCACAUUAUGCAAAAGAAUCAAGCAAGCAUCUUGCAGCUGGGAUUGUGACUCUGGGAGACAUGGGAUACAAGAAGCUUUCUAGGUACUGCUCUGAGCUUCUACCUGAUUCCUAUAGCUCUCUGCAGUCGGGGAGUCCUGGCUUGAAAGGAAAUGGAACUGUUAAUGGGCAUCUUGCAGAUGCAGAUAAUAUUGGAAUGGUCAUUGUCAGAGAUAUUGCGAGUAAAGCUGUCAUCACUCAAUUUAGGGCACACAAGAGUCCUAUUUCAGCAUUAUGCUUUGAUCCUACUGGGACACUGUUAGUGACAGCUUCGGUUCAGGGGCACAAUAUCAAUGUCUACAAAAUCAUGCCUGAACUCUGUGCAAGUUCCUCUGCAAGAGAUACUUCUUCCUCUUAUGUACAUCUUUACAGGCUUCAACGUGGUUUAACUAAUGCUGUUAUACAGGACAUCAGUUUCAGUGAUGACAGUAAGUGGAUUAUGAUCAGUUCUUCUAGGGGUACAAGCCAUCUGUUUGCCAUAGAUCCUUUGGGAGGAGCAGUGAACUUUCAGUCUGUGGAGGCCAGCUUUACUGCUAAAAAUAGUGGAUUGGGUGUUACAAAUAAGCCAGCCGUUCGUUGGCCUCCUAGUUUAAGUUCCCAAACUCCUAAUCAGCAGAAUUUUUGCGUUCCUGGUCCUCCUGUUACACUGUCUGUUGUUAGCAGAAUAAGGAAUGGAAAUAAUGGUUGGAGGAGCACUGUAACUGGUGCAGCAGCGGCUGCAACAGGCAGGAUGAAUUCACUUUCUGGGGCCAUUGCUUCGUCUUUCCAUAAAUGCAAAGGAAAAAAAGAUUUUUCCACUGAGAAUAGCUCUUUGAAGACAAAAUACCACCUUCUAGUUUUCUCUCCUUCUGGAUGCAUGAUACAAUAUGCAUUGCGAAUUUCCAGUGGUCAUGAUUCUAUGGCAAUUGGAUUAAGCAAUGGUUACGAAUCAGUUUCAGAAUGUGAUGGUAGAUUAGUAGUUGAAGCAGUGCAAAAAUGGAGCAUAUGUCAAAAACAAACUAGAAGGGAGAGAGAAGAUAAUAUAGACAUUUAUGGUGAAAAUGGAACAUCAGACUGCAAUAAGAUAUAUCCUGAAGAAACAAAAGCGGGAAAUUACACUUGUCCUGUAGCUCGGGAAGCAGUUAGGAAAACAAAGAUCAGUAGUGAGGAAAAAUAUCAUCUGUUCAUUUCAGAAGCUGAGUUGCAGAUGCAUCAACCUCGUUUGCCAUUAUGGGCAAAACCAGAGAUAAACUUUCAGUCAAUGGUGCUAGAUGGUAAAAAGGUAGAUGAGGCUAACAGUUUGGGAGGUGAAAUAGAAAUUGAAAGGAUUCCUACUUGCACCGUCAAAGCAAGGUCGAAAGGCCUGAUACCAGUUUUUGAUUAUCUUCAAACCCCCAAAUUCCAACAAGCAAGGCUUCCUUCUGUAGAUAGCGAUGGCAACGGGCAACUGCAGCAUCAGAGAUCUGGGGAUUCUGAAGAUAGCAAACUUUCACACAGGAGCAGCUCGGGCUCCCUUGGGUCCAUAUCCAAUAGUAAUGCUGCAGGUGCUGGAUCUCACAAUGAUCUUGCAGGUACUGGAUAUAAUGGCCCACAGACACCAAUAGAAACUGUGGGCUUUGUGAAUAAUGGUAGAGCUAAUCGCAAAACUCAGCUUGAGAUUGUAAAUAAUAGAGAGAGCUUAAGGAUGGAAGCUCAACUCAACUUUGUAAAUAACAAGGAAGGCCUGAAGAUAGAGAAUCAUUUUGAAGAUGAAGGCGAUCAAUUUGAUUAGAGGUGUUCAGUUAUUCUUUCAUUCUGCUGGAAGGUUCAUUAACGGUGUGAUACCAUGAGUUUGACUAUGAAGCGGAAUUGUGAAUAUUAUGUUGGUUUUCAUCUGUGUUGAGUUUGUAAAUAACAAGCCAAUAUAUCCCAAAUAAUCAGUCUAAUAUGUAAAUAAUAGCAUCACCAUAUCACUCACGGUUAUGAAUUAUUCUACUCUACGAAUUUUAUUUUUUUUUAAACUUCCCAUUCUUAUGGAACGCAAGUCACUGGUCUUUCUGGAUGUUCCGACA